AUGCUUUUUCGUGAAACGGCAAGUGAGACUAAUUCCCUAGCGGACCAGGAUGGAUUUUCAUCCAGUGAAGAGAGUAUGGCAAGCUGUCAGUCAUACGCAACGCGACAGUUUGAGGACAGAAUGCGCCUUCUUAGUCUGGAUGACUCAGAAGCCGGUAGCAGUAUUGGAAUUUGGAGGUCUGACGCAAAUGAGUGCGGUUCAUUAGGGUUUCCUACGGCGAAUGAGGACUGCGUCGGCGUCAGCGUUUUCGAUGAGGCGUUUAGUGGUGGAACUCAAAUAUCUUGCCUCGACUGUGGUGAAUAUGAGGAAUGGAGGUCACUCAUGGGGGCCAUUGAUGGGCGGGGGGACAGUAGUGCGACGUUCCAUGCGUAUCCACCGUCAGAUUACUUCAAGGCGAAUCCGCCGCCACAGAGCCGCGCGCAGGAGUGCGGCACCGGCGGUGGUGGAAUUGCGUCUGGUCAUCAUGGCACGAAAAUGUUUAUUGGUGGUCUUCGUUUUGAGGUCGUGCAGACGGGUAGGCGGUUGAUAAGCUGGGUUUUCGAGGUCGCGUGUGGUGUUCAGGUGCCGGUCACUUCCAUCUUGGUGCACCGUAAGGCAAAGGGUGGACGCUGCGGCUCCCCAACUGGUUGUGCUUCGAUAUUCGUGGUAAACGAGGAAGACGUGGAGUCACUGCUCUCCAUGAACCAGCGGAUCUAUUGUGGUACCAGGGGGAUUUACGUGGCGGCUUCCACGGAGGAAAUGGCACGACUCUUCGAGAAAGAAGCAAUCACGGAUAUCGCAGACGGGCGCAAACGGGGUCCGUCACACCCAAUAGUAAUUGAGCGAGCGUACGGUGCUGCUGGGCAUCCGUCUGCACGCGACAGCAGAGCUGCCUCCGCUGCCUCUGCCUCUUCUCGUGGAGUUCCUGUGCCCCGACCUCUAUUGACACCAGGUGUAGUAUCGAAGGAAUCGCAGUCGCCGUUUGAUCCAUCAAUGACGACGUUUAGUAGCACUGCCUCGUCUCUCAGUAGCGUCGUGUCUCUGCCUUCUGCUCCGGUAAGUGGGGCGUGCGGCGCCGAUUUGUCAGUAUCUAACCAGACCUCACAACAAGGUGGGGGGGACCCCCGAUACGUCCAGUACCCGGGCGAUGGGGAGGCGAAUCGGCUUUUACAGCACGUUUCUGAAGGUUUGAAUUGCCCGUCUGGCGUGUUUCUUGGAGGUCUUCCUGUCGAAGUGACCGCAGUGUUCGUCGCCUGGUUUUUCUCCCUUAUUAAUGUACCUGUUCAUCCGAAAAACGUAUCACUGGGCGUUGAUUCACACUUUACUGAGAAAUGUGGCUGCGCCUCUGUGCGACUUGAGGAGGCGGAUGUAUUGAAGGCAACCAGCUGGUCUAAACGUGUGUUGUGCAGCUCUGGAGGUGUGUGCCUUGCCGAUUCCCAUCGUGCGCUUUUGAACCUGCAGGCAACCCGUGACAAGGCGUCUCCUCCCUCGCGGCCACUCUUCAUAAAGCGCCUGGAUGCGGGACGAGGCGUGCCAUGUGGUUCCGCCACUACAACUAGUCCCUCCACCUUACUGGUUCCUGCGACUGGAGUUGCCCCAGUUGAUGCCCCCGCCCCCGCCCCCAUCCCCAUUCCUGGCCCACUUCCACUUGGCGCCCCUGCAGCACCAGGCGGUCCGCUGCCUCCAGCGCCUCUCCCUGUGGCGUGGGAUGGCUCUCAGUCGGCAGCACCCGGACCCUCAUUGCUGCCAUUGCGGGAGGCAAAUUUGAGCAGCCGGCCACCUCCACCACCUUACAUGCCGAACGUGAUCAUUGGACAUCAGCAUUACCAGGUGCCAGCUGGAGCAAGCAUACAACUACAGUUGGUACCUGUGAUCACAGCACCAGGAAUGGUACCGACGCCUAUUCAGCCGAUGUUCCAAGCUGUGCCGCCCCCACCUCCGCCACUGCAGUGA